AUGGGGAGACUGGAAGUUCGUGUCUGUGCCGCGCUCAACGUCGGCAAUAUCCAAAAAAUUGGCAAAGUUGAUCCGUAUGUAAAGGUCAAACUACAAGAGCAGAGGAGUGUGAAGGUCAAGUACAGAACCCGGGUCGUUGAGAAUAGCCUUGAUCCGGUGUGGGAUGAGCUUUUCAAGUUCAAAAUUACCGACAGCGAGACCACGCAAAUGUUGUUUGAGCUGUGGAACGACAACAUCUCAGUGGGGGAUCUCCUUGGGAGCUGCCGGUUGUCGUUGAACGAGAUGAAACGUGGGGUAGUGCAGGAUAAGUGGGUAAUUCUUACGGGCAGAAAGUUCACCACCGCGGAACUGCAUCUUCGUGUUUUGGCAGUUGACUUUGGGCACGAACCAGGCCCUGGGGAUGCCGUCCUAGGCUCUCUUGAAGAGGAUACACCUGCUGUACCCGCAAACCAGACCAUACGACUGAAUACGAAUGCGAAUGAAAAAAUGUCAAGGUACCCAAUCAACUUACGCCCACCUUCCCAGAUUGUAGUAAAUCAACCACAAUACAAACCUUCAACCAUAGCCUUGGCUCAGACAUGGCAUACCCGGUCAGCAUGCUAUGGCAAUUCACCACUCAAACCUAUGUAUAUACCAGGUCCUCACCAAUUCGCUGGACCAGCUCUAACAGUACAAGACGCUUAUGGAGUUUCUCAGAAUAUGUAA